AUGGCACCGUUUCAAAGCUUCAUCUUUGCGCGCCGUACCAAUUUUCAAAGCAGGAAAUCGAACUCCGAGGAGCGGUAUCGAUUUGCGGAAGAGAGACUUGUCCAAUGGAGAGGAUUCUCGACGGCGCUAAUCAGACCCCGUGGCUUCGCUGUGGGCCCUACUACGCAACAACCCCGAACUUGCCGCCUGUGCAACAGACAACACAACAUUCCGAUGACCAUGUAUCCGGCAGAUGUUCUCAGGCAUGUGGUAGAUGUACAUUGCCAUCCCACCGAAUCCUACGUGCCGCCGGAAUCAAUGGACCGUCUUGGCAUCCGUGUCUGCGCGAUGAGCACUCACAGAGAUGAUCAAAGCCGUGUCUGCAAUCUUGCGCUCAAGUACCCCGAGAAAGUGAUUCCGUGUUUUGGCCAUCAUCCAUGGUUCUGUCAUCACAUCUCGUUGCGGGCUGCCCCAAAAAGGGAGCACUAUCGGUCUCUGUUCCUCAGAGAAGAUCAGCCGGCGGCAGAUAGCUUAGCCGCCUUUGAAGAGUUGCUCCCUCUCUUGCCAGAGCCUCUUCCCCUGGAAGAUGUUCUAUCAGGGCUGAGAUCUAAUUUCAUGCGAUUUGAAUCGACUGCGGCACUUCUCGGCGAAGUCGGCUUGGACAGAAUAUAUCGCGUGGCUUAUGAUUACUAUGCAUCUCCGCGACGUCUUUCCCCAUUCACGAUCCCUCUUGACCAUCAGCUUGCGAUUCUCGAGGCACAGAUUGACCUGGCGGUAGAACUCGGGCGCAGCGUCAGCUUGCAUAGUGUCAAAUGCCCUCAACCCACUGUCACACUCCUCGAUAAUCUAAAGCUCAAGCACGGGCGAAAUUGGUCGAACAUCCGAAUUGACAUUCACAGUUGCUCGGUCGAUCCACAGGUCAUCUCGAUACUGCAGAAAAAGCACCCGAACGUCUUCAUGUCUGUCUCCACGACCAUCAAUGGCCGCUCUAAGAACUUGAAAGCUCUCAUCGCCGCCUGCGAUCCCCGCCGACUUCUAAUCGAGUCCGACUAUCCCGUGAUCGAUGGAAACUUGGCGCGCUGCGUCGAGAUACUUGACUUGGUCGCGGAGACCAAAGGGUGGACCAAGGAGACAGAGUGGUUGGAUGAAGUUGAGGAGUCACACUGGGGUGUCGUGCGCCGACUGGAGGCUAAUUGGAACGUUUUCAAAGGCGAACGGGGUAUGUAG